GCUCACUCGCUCAACUCUCGGCGCCGCCGCGGCCCCACGCUCCGGGCCCGUCCUCAAGGCGCGCGGCGCGGGGCGCGGGCGCCGGGGCCUGAGGCGGCGGGCGACGCCCGGGGGCCUGACGGCCGGCCCCGCGCCAUGGUGUGAGCGCCGCCGCCGCCCGCGCACGCUCCGUCCGCCCUCCGCGCGGCCCGGCCGGCCGAGAGCCCCGAGCGGCCCGAGAGCGCAGCCGAGCCCGCUGCCGCCGCCCCCGGCCCCGCGAGGAGAGUCCCGGGCCGGCCCGGCUGCCGCGCGAGGAGCGCCGUCGGCGGCCUGGUCUGCGGCUGAGAUACACAGAGCGACAGACCUUUAUUCUUAUCUGUUUUUUGGUGGCAAAAAGGGAAAAUGGCGAACGACUCCCCUGCAAAAAGUCUGGUGGACAUCGAUCUCUCCUCCCUGCGGGAUCCUGCUGGGAUUUUUGAGCUGGUGGAAGUGGUUGGAAAUGGCACCUAUGGACAAGUCUAUAAGGGUCGACAUGUUAAAACGGGUCAGUUGGCAGCCAUCAAAGUUAUGGAUGUCACUGAGGAUGAAGAGGAAGAAAUCAAACUGGAGAUAAAUAUGCUAAAGAAAUACUCUCAUCACAGAAAUAUUGCAACAUAUUAUGGUGCUUUCAUCAAAAAGAGCCCUCCAGGACAUGAUGACCAACUCUGGCUUGUUAUGGAGUUCUGUGGGGCUGGGUCCAUAACAGACCUUGUGAAGAACACGAAAGGGAACACACUCAAAGAAGACUGGAUCGCUUACAUCUCCAGAGAAAUCCUGAGGGGACUGGCACAUCUUCACAUUCAUCACGUGAUUCACCGGGAUAUCAAGGGCCAGAAUGUGUUGCUGACUGAGAAUGCAGAGGUGAAACUUGUUGACUUUGGUGUGAGUGCUCAGCUGGACAGGACAGUGGGGCGGAGAAAUACGUUCAUAGGCACUCCCUACUGGAUGGCUCCUGAGGUCAUCGCCUGUGAUGAGAACCCAGAUGCCACCUAUGAUUACAGAAGUGAUCUUUGGUCUUGUGGCAUUACAGCCAUCGAGAUGGCAGAAGGUGCUCCUCCUCUCUGUGACAUGCAUCCAAUGAGAGCACUGUUUCUCAUUCCCAGAAACCCUCCUCCCCGGCUGAAGUCAAAAAAAUGGUCGAAGAAAUUUUUUAGUUUUAUAGAAGGGUGCCUGGUGAAGAAUUACAUGCAGCGGCCCUCUACAGAGCAGCUUUUGAAACAUCCUUUUAUAAGGGAUCAGCCAAAUGAAAGGCAAGUUAGAAUCCAGCUUAAGGAUCAUAUAGAUCGUACCAGGAAGAAGAGAGGCGAGAAAGAUGAGACUGAGUAUGAGUACAGUGGGAGUGAGGAAGAAGAGGAGGAAGUGCCUGAACAGGAAGGAGAGCCAAGUUCCAUUGUGAACGUGCCUGGUGAGUCAACUCUUCGUCGAGAUUUCCUGAGACUGCAGCAGGAGAACAAGGAACGUUCUGAGGCUCUUCGGAGACAACAGUUACUACAGGAACAACAGCUCCGGGAGCAGGAAGAAUAUAAAAGGCAACUGCUGGCGGAGAGACAAAAGCGGAUUGAGCAGCAGAAAGAACAGAGGCGACGGCUAGAAGAGCAACAAAGGAGAGAGCGUGAAGCUAGAAGGCAGCAGGAACGUGAACAGCGAAGGAGAGAACAAGAAGAAAAGAGGCGUCUGGAGGAGUUGGAGAGAAGGCGCAAAGAAGAAGAGGAGAGGAGACGGGCAGAAGAAGAAAAGAGGAGAGUUGAAAGAGAACAGGAGUAUAUCAGGCGACAGCUAGAAGAGGAGCAGCGGCACUUGGAAGUCCUUCAGCAGCAGCUGCUCCAGGAGCAGGCCAUGUUACUGGAGUGCCGAUGGCGGGAGAUGGAGGAGCACCGGCAGGCAGAGAGGCUCCAGAGGCAGUUGCAACAAGAACAAGCAUAUCUCCUGUCUCUACAGCAUGACCAUAGGAGGCCGCACCCGCAGCACUCGCAGCAGCCGCCACCACCGCAGCAGGAAAGGAGCAAGCCAAGCUUCCAUGCUCCCGAGCCCAAAGUCCACUACGAGCCUGCCGACCGAGCGCGAGAGGUGGAAGAUAGAUUUAGGAAAACUAACCACAGCUCCCCUGAAGCCCAGUCUAAGCAGACAGGCAGAGUAUUGGAGCCACCAGUGCCUUCCCGAUCAGAGUCUUUUUCCAAUGGCAACUCCGAGUCUGUGCAUCCCGCCCUGCAGAGACCAGCGGAGCCACAGGUUCCUGUGAGAACAACAUCUCGUUCCCCUGUUCUGUCCCGUCGAGAUUCCCCACUGCAGGGCAGUGGGCAGCAGAAUAGCCAGGCAGGACAGAGAAACUCCACCAGCAGUAUUGAGCCCAGGCUUCUGUGGGAGAGAGUGGAGAAGCUGGUGCCCAGACCUGGCAGUGGCAGCUCCUCAGGGUCCAGCAACUCAGGAUCCCAGCCCGGGUCUCACCCUGGGUCUCAGAGUGGCUCCGGGGAACGCUUCAGAGUGAGAUCGUCAUCCAAGUCUGAAGGCUCUCCAUCUCAGCGUCUGGAAAAUGCAGUGAAAAAACCUGAAGAUAAAAAAGAAGUUUUCAGACCCCUCAAGCCUGCUGGCGAAGUGGAUCUGACCGCACUGGCCAAAGAGCUUCGAGCGGUGGAAGAUGUACGGCCCCCUCACAAAGUGACGGACUACUCCUCAUCCAGUGAGGAGUCGGGGACGACGGAUGAGGAGGACGACGAUGUGGAGCAGGAAGGGGCCGACGAGUCCACCUCGGGACCAGAGGACACCAGAGCAGCGUCAUCUCUGAAUUUGAGCAAUGGUGAAACGGAAUCUGUGAAAACCAUGAUUGUCCAUGAUGAUGUAGAAAGUGAGCCGGCCAUGACCCCAUCCAAGGAGGGCACUCUAAUCGUCCGCCAGAGUACAGUUGACCAAAAGCGUGCCAGCCAUCAUGAGAGCAAUGGCUUUGCCGGUCGCAUUCACCUCUUGCCAGAUCUCUUACAGCAAAGCCAUUCCUCCUCCACUUCCUCCACCUCCUCCUCCCCAUCCUCCAGCCAGCCGACACCCACCAUGUCCCCACAGACACCCCAGGACAAGCUCACUGCUAAUGAGACUCAGUCCGCUAGUAGCACACUCCAGAAACACAAAUCUUCCUCCUCCUUUACACCUUUUAUAGACCCCAGAUUACUACAGAUUUCUCCAUCUAGUGGAACAACAGUGACUUCUGUGGUGGGAUUUUCCUGUGAUGGGAUAAGACCGGAAGCCAUAAGGCAAGAUCCUACCCGGAAAGGCUCAGUGGUCAAUGUGAAUCCUACCAACACUAGGCCACAGAGUGAUACCCCAGAGAUUCGUAAAUACAAGAAGAGGUUUAACUCUGAAAUUCUGUGUGCUGCCUUAUGGGGAGUGAAUUUGCUAGUGGGUACAGAGAGUGGCCUGAUGCUGCUGGACAGAAGUGGCCAAGGGAAGGUCUAUCCUCUGAUUAACCGAAGACGAUUUCAACAAAUGGACGUACUUGAGGGCUUGAAUGUCUUGGUGACAAUAUCUGGCAAAAAGGAUAAGUUACGUGUCUACUAUUUGUCCUGGUUAAGAAAUAAAAUACUUCACAAUGAUCCAGAAGUUGAGAAGAAGCAGGGAUGGACAACCGUAGGGGAUUUGGAAGGAUGUGUACAUUAUAAAGUUGUAAAAUAUGAAAGAAUCAAAUUUCUGGUGAUUGCUUUGAAGAGUUCUGUGGAAGUCUAUGCGUGGGCACCAAAGCCAUAUCACAAAUUUAUGGCCUUUAAGUCAUUUGGAGAAUUGGUACAUAAGCCAUUACUGGUGGAUCUCACUGUUGAGGAAGGCCAGAGGUUGAAAGUGAUCUAUGGAUCCUGUGCUGGAUUCCAUGCUGUUGAUGUGGAUUCCGGAUCAGUCUAUGACAUUUAUCUACCAACACACGUAAGAAAGAACCCACACUCUAUGAUCCAGUGUAGCAUCAAACCCCAUGCAAUCAUCAUCCUCCCCAAUACAGAUGGAAUGGAGCUUUUGGUGUGCUAUGAAGAUGAGGGGGUUUAUGUAAACACAUAUGGAAGGAUCACUAAGGAUGUAGUUCUACAAUGGGGAGAGAUGCCUACGUCAGUAGCAUAUAUUCGAUCCAAUCAGACAAUGGGCUGGGGAGAGAAGGCCAUAGAGAUCCGAUCUGUGGAAACUGGUCACUUGGAUGGUGUGUUCAUGCACAAAAGGGCUCAAAGACUAAAAUUCUUGUGUGAACGCAAUGACAAGGUGUUCUUUGCCUCUGUUCGGUCUGGUGGCAGCAGUCAGGUUUAUUUCAUGACCUUAGGCAGGACUUCUCUUCUGAGCUGGUAGAAGCAGUGCGAUCCAGGGAUUACUGGCCUCCAGAGUCUUCAAGAUCCUGAGAACUUGGAAUUCCUUGUAACUGGAGCUUGGAGCUGCACCGAGGGCAACCAGGACAGCUGUGUGUGCAGACCUCAUGUGUUGGGUUCUCUCCCCUCCUUCCUGUUCCUGUUUUACCAGUUUAUCCCCAUUCUUUUUUUUUUUUUUUUUCUUACUCCAAAAUAAAUCAAGGCUGCAAUGCAGCUGGUGCUGUUCAGAUUCUACCAUCAGGUGCUAUAAGUGUUUGGGAUUGAGCAUCAUACUGGAAAGCAAACACCUUUCCUCCAGCUCCAGAAUUCCUUGUCUCUGAAUGACUCUGUCUUGUGGGUGUCUGACAGUGGCGACGAUGAACAUGCUGUUGGUUUUAUUGGCAGUGGGCACAAGGAGGUGAGAAGUGGUGGUAAAAGGAGCAGAGUGCUGAAGCAGAGAGCAGAUUUAAUAUAGUAACAUUAACAGUGUAUUUAAUUGACAUUUCUUUUUUGUAAUGUGACAAUAUGUGGACAAAGAAGAAGAUGCAGGUUUAAGAAGUUAAUAUUUAUAAAAUGUGAAAGACACAGUUACUAGGAUAACUUUUUUGUGGGUGGGGCUUGGGAGAUGGGGUGGGGUGGGUUAAGGGGUCCCAUUUUGUUUCUUUGGAUUUGGGGUGGGGGGUCCUGGCCAAGAACUCAGUCAUUUUUCUGUGUACCAGGUUGCCUAAAUCAUGUGCAGAUGGUUCUAAAAAAAAAAAAAAAAGGAAAAAAAAAAAGAAAAAGAAAACGUGUGCAUUUUGUAUAAUGGCCAGAACUUUGUUGUGUGACAGUAUUAGCACUGCCUCAGUUAAAGGUUUAAUUUUUGUUUAAACCUAGAAGUGCAACAACAGUUUUACCACAGUCUGCACUUGCAGAAGAAAGAAAAAAGUUCAAACCACGUGUUUAUUUUUUUUGCCUACCUCAUUGUUCUUAAUGCAUUGAGAGGUGAUUUAGUUUAUAUGUUUUUGGAAGAAACCAUUAAUGUUUAAUUUAAUCUUAAUACCAAAACGACCAGAUUGAAGUUUGACUUUUAUUGUCACAAGUCAGCAGGCACAAGAACUGUCCAUGAAGAUGGGAAAUAGCCUUAAGGCUGAUGCAAUUUACUUCCAAGUUUAGAAAGCAGAAUGCUUUGUUUUCACCAGAUUCAGCAUUAAAGGUUGAUGGGGCAACUGCAGCCCAUGACACAAGAGAUCUCAUUGUUCUCGAUGUGGGGGGUGGGUGGUAGCAGACAGGUGGUCACAUUAGAAUAGUCACACAAACUGUUCAGUGUUGCAGGAACCUUUUCUUGUGGGCGGGGGAGUUUCCCUUUUUUAAAAAUGCAAUGCACUAAAACUAUUUUAAGAAUGUAGUUAAUUCUGCUUAUUCAUGAAGUCGGCAUCUUCUGUGUUUUAGGUGUAAUACCGAAGUCCUGGCUUUUCUCGUUUUCUCACUUGCUCUCUUGUUCUCUGUUUUUUAAACCAAUUUUACUUUAUGAAUAUAUUCAUGACAUUUGUAAUAAAUGUCUUGAGAAAGAAUCUGUUUCAUGGCUUCAUGGUCAUCACUCAGCUCCCCUAAGGAUGUUACCGUCUCAGAAAAAGAUCAGGGCUCUGUGUCCCAGUCCUGCCAUCUUUCUUUCCUCUUGUCGAGUUCCGAGUGGAAAUACUGCAUUAUGGCUGCUUGAACCUCAGUCAUCAAAAGAAACUUGCUGUUUUUUAGGCUUAAUCUUCUUCCUUUGUGGUUAAUUUUCCUGUAUAUUGUGAAAAUGGGGGAUUUCCCCUCUGCCCCCACCCACCUAAACACAGCAGCCAUUUGUACCUGUUUGCUUCCCAUCCCACUUGGCACCCACUCUGGCCCCUGUCAGUUUCCUCUUCCUGGUUCAGUAUUUUUGAAAAAGGCCCUCCUUUGAGCUACAAACAUCUGGUGAGACAAGUACAUCCCCCCGUGAAUGCAGACACAGCAGCUGGUGGUUUUGUGUAUACCCAUAAAGGCAAGAUAAGCUGAGAAGCCUUACUUUUUGGGGAGGGAAAAGAAGAUGGAAAUGGAUGUUUCAUUUGUAUGAAUUUGGAGCAGUGCUGAAGGCCAAAGCCGCCCACUGGUUUGUAAUUAACCUAGAGAAGGUUGAAAAGUGAAUCCUACCUUUAAAGGGAUUUGAGGUAGGCUGGAUUCCAUCGCCACAGGACUUUAGUUAGAAUUAAAUUCCUGCUUGUGAUUUAUAUCCAUGUUUAGGCUUUUCAUAAGAUGAAACAUGCCACAGUGAACACACUUGUGUACAUAUCAAGAGAAGAAGGAAAGGCACAGGUGACUGUGGCUCCUUUCCUGGCUUUAGAGAACAAUAAAAGGUGGGCAGAUGUCUUUGAAGAAAUGCUCAGUGUUUGAUGUUAAGUGGAAGAAGGCAGAGAACAAAGAAUGUGGCAUCGUGGUCUUACAUUAUCCAGAGACUUGAAGCUGCACAUCUGUAAGUCAAGGGUUACACAAAACAUGCAAAUGGUGUUUCAUUGGAAUUACCAAGUGCUUAGAACUUGAGGAAAACUCGCUUUCCCAUAGGUGGUGAAGGGGUCUGAGCUCACACCGAGUUGUGCUUGCCCUGCUUGUGUAGCUCCAGGCACCCCGUGGGCACUGUCUUGGUGUUUGUGGUGAACUGAAUGGAAUCCAUUGUUGGACUUAAGUUACUGAAAUUGGACCACCCUUUGUCCCUCUAGGUGGGGGCUUCCUGGUCUGUGCUUUACUUGCCUUUUUUCCUUCCCUUUUUAGCCUCACCCCCUUGUAAACCAGAUUGAGUUGCUAUAGCUUGAUGCAGGUACCCAGUGAAGUUUCUCCAUAAAAGAUUGGGAGUCGUUGAAAUGUUUAGAUUCUUUUAGGAAAGGAGUUAUUUUCCCCCCUUUUACAGGGUAGUGACUUCUCCACAGAAGUGCCAAUAUGGCAAAAUUACACGAGAAAACAGUAUCGUAAUGAUACCAUUACAUACGGAACAUUGAACUGUUACAGGAGUGCUCUUCCAAACAAAACAAAAAUGUCUCUAGGUUUACUCAAAGCUUUCGUAAGUAAUAACCUUUCUGUAUUGAAAUCAGAGUAACCCUUUCUGUAUUGAGUGCAGUGUUCUUACUUUUUUCUCAUGCACAUGUUAAUGUUGGAGAAAAUGUUUACAAAAAUGAUUUUGUUACACUAAUGCGCACCACAUAUUUAUGGUUUAUUUUAAGUGAUUUUUUUUUUAUGGGUUAUUUAGGUUUUCGUCUUAGUUGUAGCACACUUACCCUAAUUUUGCCAAUUAUUAAUUUGCUAAAUAGUAAUACAAAUGACAAACUGCAUUAAAUUUACUAAUUAUAAAAGCUGCAAAGCAGACUGGUGGCAAGUACACAGCCCUUUUUUUUGCAGUGCUAACUUGUCUACUGUGUAUUAUGAAAAUUACUGUUGUCCCCCCAACCUUUUUUCCUUAAAUAAAGUAAAAAUGACACCUA